CGACGCAGUUUCACAAUCGAUCAAUAAUUUUCCUUUUACCGCUGAGUUAAGAAAUGAAGAAAAAAAGAAGAAAAAAGAAUUAAUCCAAUAAUUGAAUUCAAAUCCAUCGUUGCUUUGUUCUUCGUUCCCUAAUUCUCAAUCAAAAUCCGUUUCUUCAAAUCUGAGCCACUUUAAUUCUCUUCACAAGUUACGAGAGAAACUUUUUUCAAUGGUGCAAACACAGAAUUCACAGCCUGGUGAAUUAACCACGCCCUUAAUUAUUUAUUUUAGAGAAACAUGUUUUAAUGUGAAGGAGGGUAUCAAGUUAUUAUGGUGCUUCACACCCUGAAUUGAGAUUUGUUUGUAUUAUGGGAAAAAGGAGUGAGGUAAAUGCACAGGGUAAUACUUCAUUACCAAAAGUUUGGUUGUUUUGCAUUGACAGCCACAUCCCUUCUUCCAGCUAAAAAUGACACAGGCACAGCCGCAGGAAGAUCGUUUGGCAAAUGAUGGUCUGAUUCCUCAGAUAUUUUCAUCUGUGCCGGCUCUGAGUGAUGCUGCUUCUUAUCUUUCACAAACAACAUCAUUCUUAGCUGGUUGUUUCUCUGACUAUUCAGUAGAACAUUCCCCAAGACAGUCUGGUGCUUCUGACAUUCAUGCACAAGAAGUCGUGGCUUUUUCUUCCGCAGAAACUGAGGCAUCUUCAUCUACUGAUAUAAAUCAUAUCAGUUCAAACGGAAAAAAUUUAACAAGUAUUGAAUCAUCUUACACUUCAACUUCUACACCUCUACUUAUGCAUGACGAAAACACAAGGGUUUCUAGCAGAGAUCCGUUACAAAAUGCCAGUACCAGUACACUUGUUGAAUCAAAUAAUACUGGGCUAAGUGGCAUUUCCAUUUUCCGAAGCCUGAUUGAUCGUGCUCGAAGAACUGUUCGUGGAUCUGCAGAUGAUAUAGGAUGGCUUCAACAUGCUCAUGAAAUGCCCCCGGUUGAAGAUGGAACAGAGAGGUUCCAGGAAAUUCUGGACAGCAUCAAGCACGGUGUUCAUAGGUUACCAAAUUCAAUGGUUUAUUUAUUAAUUCCAGGUCUUUUCAGUAACCAUGGUCCACUUUACUUUGUGAGUACGAAAGUCAGUUUUUCAAAAUUGGGUUUGGCCUGUCAUAUUGCAAAGAUUCAUAGUGAGGCUUCAGUUGAGAAAAAUGCCAAAGAGAUAAAAGAGUAUAUUGAGGAAAUUUAUUGGGGUUCAAAUAAACGUGUUUUGCUUCUUGGGCAUAGCAAGGGAGGAGUAGAUGCAGCAGCUGCUUUAUCACUGUAUUGGCCUGAUUUGAAAGAUAAAGUUGCUGGGUUGGUAUUAGCACAAAGUCCAUAUGGUGGCACUCCUAUAGCUUCAGAUCUUCUCCGAGAAGGACAGCUUGGUGAUUAUGUGAAUGUACGGAAACUCACCGAGACUCUUAUCUGUAAAAUUAUUAAGGGAGACAUGCGAGCCUUAGAAGACUUGACAUAUGAAAGGCGGAGAGAAUUUUUAGAGAAGCAUCAUCUGCCAGAAGAAGUCCCCGUUGUUUCCUUCCGCACCGAAGCUGGCAUUUCACCUGCUGUUUUAGCUACACUAUCUCAUGUUGCUCAUGCCGAACUACCCCUAGUUGCUUCAGCUGGUGAAAGUACAAAACUCCCUGUCGUGAUGCCCCUAGGCGCUGCUAUGGCUGCUUGUGCACAGUUACUGCAGGUGAGGUAUGGCGAGAAGAGUGACGGGCUAGUGACUUGCCGAGAUGCAGAAGUUCCUGGAUCUAUUGUGGUGCGACCUAAACGAAAACUGGACCAUGCUUGGAUGGUUUAUUCGUCGCUAAAUGAUGAUCUUACUGAAGGCAAUGCGUCACAGGUUUGUGAAGCUCUCUUGACUCUACUCGUGGAAGUCGGGCAGAAAAAGAGACAUGAGCUUGCAAUGAAAGAUGAAUGAAAAGCAUUUAAUAUUUUUCUCUACAUGUUCAUAUUAAUCUCUCCAGAACUCUAUAUUCAAUUUAUUAUUUAUAGUAUAGUCAUAAAAACAUUGAAUUAGGAAAAGCUAAGAAUAUACGUUCCCAUAGAUAUAAGAAUAACUAAGCAAAAAAACUUAUUAGUAAACUGAA